CCGGGUCACGUGCCUGUCAAACCCCAUUGGCUCGCGCAGCCGUCGUCAACACAACACAGGAAGAAGCUAAGCUAACCGAGCUAACGAAAACACAGCGCUGCGGCGGAGACGUCGCGCAUCACUGGUGUCACUGGGUCAACUGGUGUGGAGCUGGUUGUUGUUAUGGACAGGGAGACGGGUUCUGUGAACAGGGAGUGAGCGGGAAGGAGGAUGAGGAGCAGCCGCAGCAGCAGCAGCUCGCUAACUCCGGAGCUAGCAGGCUAACGAUCAGCUGUUGUUUUGGUAGUUUUGCUAACACGUCAGAAAGUGUUUCCUCACAGCAGCCUGUGACACCAGAGCUUCACCACAAACACACACACACACACACACACACACACACACACAUCGCGUUUCCCCUUUCCUCCUCCGUCACGGUUAAUGGCGACACACACAGCAGCACCAGCCUCACACGUUCACCAGCGGGCCGUCAGUCAGCUGCUGUCCGGCGGGCGGUGACUCCCCUGUGGGGUCCAUCAUCCAUCAGACGGGGGCCGCUAUUGAAGCUGCAACAUUGCUCCAAGAUGCACGACGCGUACGAACCGGUGUCGAUUCUGGAAAAGCUCCCGCUCCAGAUCGACUGUCUUGCGGCCUGGGAGGACUGCCUGCUUGUGGGUACGAAACCAGGGCAUCUCCUUCUCUACCGGAUAAAAAAGGAUGCAGGUACCAAUCGGUUCGAGGUGACGCUGGAGAAAUCCAACAAGAACUUCUCAAAGAAGAUUCAGCAGCUUUAUGUUGUCGCGCAGUACAAAAUCCUUGUCAGUCUUCUGGAGAACAACGUCCACGUCCAUGACCUCCUGACAUUCCAGCAGAUCACUGUCGUGUCCAAAGCCAAAGGAGCUACACUCUUUGCAUGUGAUCUGCAGCAAACCGGCCCAGGGGAGGAAAGGCUGAGAAUGUGUGUUGCGGUGAAAAAGAAGCUCCAGCUGUAUUACUGGAAGGAUAGAGAGUUCCACGAGCUGCAGGGCGACUUUGCUGCACCAGAUAUUCCAAAGUCCAUGGCUUGGUGUGAAAACUCCAUAUGUGUUGGUUUCAAGAGAGACUAUUACCUUAUUCGGAUGGACGGUCGCGGCUCCAUCAAGGAGCUCUUCCCGACUGGGAAACAGCUGGAGCCUCUGGUUGCACCACUGGCUGAUGGGAAGGUGGCUGUCGGGCAGGAUGACCUCACUGUUGUCCUAAAUGAAGAGGGCGUUUGCACCCAGAAGUGCGCCCUCAACUGGACAGACAUCCCGAUAGCGAUGGAGCACCAGCCUCCGUACAUCAUCGCCGUUCUCCCUCGGUACGUGGAGAUCCGGACCUUCGAGCCGAGGCUGCUGGUGCAGAGCGUGGAGCUGCAGAGACCUCGCUUCAUCACCUCAGCAGGGCAAAAUAUUGUGUAUGUUGCCAGCAACCACUUUGUGUGGCGCCUGGUGCCUGUGUCCAUAGCGAGCCAGAUCCGGCAGCUUCUCCAGGACAAGCAGUUUGAGUUGGCUCUUCAGCUGGCGAAGAUGAAGGAUGAUUCCGAUGGUGAUAAGAAGCAGCAGAUUCAUCACAUCCAAAAUCUCUACGCCUUCAAUCUGUUUUGCCAGAAGAGAUUCGAUGACUCCAUGCAGGUGUUUGCCAAACUCGGCACAGAUCCCACACAUGUGAUCGGACUGUACCCGGACCUGCUCCCAGCUGACUACCGCAAACAGCUGCACUAUCCCAACCCACUGCCUACGCUGUCCGGGGCAGAGCUGGAGAAGGCUCACCUCGCUCUUAUUGAUUACCUCACCCAGAAACGCAGCCACCUGGUGAAACAGCUGAACGACUCGAGCCCUUCCACAACAUCUCCACUCAUGGAGGGAACGCCAACUAUUAAAAGCCGCAAAAAACUCCUGCAGAUCAUUGAUACCACUCUGCUGAAGUGUUACCUACAUACCAACGUGGCCCUGGUGUCCCCCCUCCUGCGCCUGGAGAACAACCACUGCCACAUCGAGGAGAGCGAGUACGUUCUCAAGAAGGCUCACAAGUACAGCGAGCUGAUUAUUCUUUAUGAGAAGAAGGGCCUGCACCAGAAAGCUCUGCAGGUGCUGCUCGACCAAUCCACCAAGGCCAACUCUCCGCUGAAGGGCCACGAGCGAACAGUGGAGUACCUCCAAAGACUGGGAGUCGAGAAUCUGGGCUUCAUCUUUGAGUUUUCUCCCUGGGUGCUGAAGAUCUGUCCUGAGGACGGUCUGAAGAUUUUCACUGAGGACCUGACGGAGGUGGAGACUUUGCCCCGGGACAAGGUGCUUAACUUCCUGAAAGAGGGCUUCACGGAGCUCGCCAUCCCAUAUCUUGAGCACAUCAUCUACGUGUGGGACGAGAAAGGCCCGGAGUUUCACAAUGUGCUGAUCCAGCUCUACCUGGAGAGGGUUCAAGUCCUCAUGAAAGAGUACCUCAACUCACUGCCUGAAGGGGUCCCAGCUGUUGCUGCAGGAAAGGAGAAGGGCAGCCUGGGGGAGUUCAGGAUGAAGCUGCUGUCUUUCCUGGAUAUCUCUACCAGCUAUGAACCAGCCAGACUCAUCAGUGAUUUUCCCUUUGAUGGUCUGCUGGAGGAGCGCGCUCUGCUUCUGGGUCGGAUGGGGAAACACGAGCAGGCGCUCUUCAUCUAUGUGCACAUCCUGAAAGACACCCACAUGGCUGAAGAAUACUGUCACAGUCACUACAACAGUUCAGUGGAAGGAAAUAAAGACGUUUAUCUGUCUCUGCUGCGCAUGUACCUGUCGCCCCCUGACGUCCACUGUCUGGGGCCCAUCAAGAUGGAGCUGUCAGGGCCUCAGGCCAAUCUCCAGGCUGCCCUGGAGGUCCUGGAGCUGCACCACAGCAAACUCAACACCUCCAAGGCCAUCAACCUGCUCCCGGCAAACACGCAGAUCAGAGAGAUCCGGGUUUUCCUGGAGAGCGUCCUGGAGGAGAGGGCUCAGAGGAAACGCUGCAACCAGGUGCUGAAGAGUCUCCUGCAGGCCGAGUUCCUCAGGGUGCAGGAGGAGCGAAUCUUCCACCAGCAGGUUAAAUGCGUCAUCACGGAGGAGAAGACCUGCAGAGUUUGCAAAAAGAAAAUAGGAAACAGUGCGUUCGCCAGGUAUCCCAACGGAGUGGUGGUUCAUUACUUCUGCUGCAAAGACCGCACGGUGUGUCCCACCGAGCAGUAACAGCCUCUGCUCGCUCGGACGCUUCAUCAAUAAAUGAUCCUCCUCCUUCCUGCUCGGGGAUUCACUCUGUGGACGCCCGUGAAGAAGAGAAACACCAGAAAGGUUGGAAGUUGCUCUGAAUCCAAAGCACCUUGCAGGACUUGCGAGUGCAGACUUUUUAUUUUGAAGUUAACCUUGGACAUCGCUGUUGUGGCGCUCGACUCCCCCCACCCACCCCCCGCCCCCGGGUGGAAUCAGAGCUGCCCUCUGAAAGCAAAAGGCCGCAGCUUUCUGACUCUCUGUGCAUGAAGUAACAGGAGGAAUGUCCCAGGUCGCUCGGCCCGGAGGAGAGAAACGUAGAGAGAGAGGGAGGUGGACUCUGACAUUUAGGAAAACAUGUCCCCGUAACGCGAGGAGGGAUUUGUUUGCCCGACACGUUCCUUCUCUCCAGCAGAUGAUCCCAAGCCUCGAUGGGAAGCCGUCUUUUCUUUCUCUCUAUCUCUUCCUGUGUCUCUCCCCUCCUGUAACACUGGGUCGGCCUCACACUCUGCUUCUUAGGCCGUAGCCACUCUGCACUGUUCAAUGCCUUCUGUGACUGAAGAUUGUACUUACAAUGAGGUCAGGUGUCUUUUCUUUGAGCAUGUGCCGGUACUGCAGUCGUCUUCACACUGUUUCACCUUUUUUUCUAUUUGAUUGAAACGUUUGAGGCGACUUCUCCAACUAACAUUAUUCAUAUUUAUGUUCUUUUCUUCUUUUGCUGUCUUUGUGAAGUGACGACGACGACGUCCACGCUUUUAACGCUUUUUUUCCGAAGUUCUCAUCUGUCUCAUUGUAUUCAUGUUUUGUUUUUUUCUUUCUCAGUCACAUCAGAAGUUUAUGAAGAAGAAUUAGAUUCUAAAGUGAGACUACGUACAUUUAACAGCGCCCACGAGUCGUAACUACAGGAUAAUAUUGAUUUGCUCAGGUUAGUGUCGAGCUGCAGUGAUGAGUUGAUUUACCAAUUUUAAUAAAGCUUCCUGCUUAGUUUGCUCCUUUCUCUGUUAUCGGUGAGAGUAGAGUGAAGGUUUUGAACUGUUCAUUCAUAAGAAAAUAUUAGAAAGUGAACUAUUAAUCAAUAUUUAGCAGCAGAUAUAUCAACAAUGAUCAUUAGUUACAGCCCGAUAUCAGAGAUCGGUCAUCCAGUGAGCUUAUGGUGCAUUAGCCACCAUAAGCUUCUUGUUUCUGAAUCCAACUUCUUGUGUGUGUUACGUAGUCUCUCUCUAAGAUGGGUCACAGCAGUGCAGCACUUUAACGGCGGAUGGAUGUUUGGUUUAUUUAUUGUGGAAUCACAUAUCUGCGCGAUAAGAACUGGAAGUGAUGUGAAUGACUGAAGGUGUGAUUGAUCUGUGCUUUUAAAUUGGCAAUAUUGUAAUAAAAUGUGUGUUAACCGUCCACGUGGGAGGAAGCAGGACUCCAGUUAAUCAAGAGAAGAGAUGCAAACAAUCAGUCAUCUUGUGUUUUUUGUUUUUUGCAAACCUCCGCCGAGGCCCAACGAUCCCCUUGUGAAACUUCAUUUAAAUUAGCUUGAAUUUAUUUGGAUCCACACUCAAGUGGAACUUCAAGGGGCCUGAUUUUCUUUAUUAAAUGCAUCAAGAUCCGUAAAUUGGGGCACAAAAUGUUAAAUAUUAAAGAAAGCGAUAAAAGUU